AUGACCAAUAUGCUCAUGUCCCUCGACCAAUUUUCUAUGCCAUCUCUUGGAACGAAUGCGAGUGGAAGUGGCACAAUCAGCGGCAACGGCAAAGGCGCUUUGUUUGACGACCCAUCACAAAGCUACGUGUACAACAGCGACGCCGACCCACUGGCACGAGCGACGGCAGGUCGAGACAGACGCGCAAACGGACACGGCUAUUCCUACAGCUCCGACUUUGACGGCGCCGACGAUUCCAGCCGAUAUUCUAGCCAGCACUCCCGCGGCAGGAGAAGCAACAGCAGCUCGAACUUUCAGACGAACCUCGGCCGCAUUAACAGCAUUCGCAGCACCCCGGGCACGCCCCGGCACAUGCACUCACGAGGCGGUGGUAAAGGAAGCAAGAGCAGCAGCACAAAUAGCGUCGACGCCGGCUACGCCCAGGUGCUCAGCAGUCAGCGUUGGGCUCACGGUUUCGGCAAACGGUCGUCGAGCUUUGAUUACGGCCACCGACCCCAAAUAACGACCAACAACUCCCAGCAGGCACCCUGGCACGUCGAGUUCUCCAACACUUUUCUCAGCGACGACUACGACGCGGCACCGACCCCGACUGUCCCUGGCGGCCCGCGUCGCUAUCCCGUCAUUACGAGCCCGACCUUCCCUCCCGUACCCCCUGAACCGAUUGAGCCUCAGGCCCCGGCCCUCGAGCGCAAACGAUCUGCCCGAUCCGCGAAAAGCACAGCAACAAGCCGCAAGACCGAUUCGAAGAGCAAUACCAUGACGCGCGAGUCGAUACCCCAAAACACGCCAACGCCUGAACCCGACUCGGCGCCGGCGCCUCAUAUUGGGUACGAGAAGACGAAAGUUCCCGUGCACGGAGCACCUGCCCCAACACAACCGCCGUCGCAAACAAAAGAGCGACCAGGGUUCUUCAGGCGAGUGUUUGGCUCGUCUAAGAGUAACGCUGCCAGCAACAAUGUUGAGCCGCCACAGGCCAGUGCCAAUGACACCGAAAACCGGCCCAGCAGCCGCCCCCAGAAUGGUGCUAGUCAGGCCAAGUCACAAUCAACCCCUCCCUCGCGAGACACGUCUUCGUCCCAGUCACACCAGCCUGUUCUUCACAAGAAGCCCUCGUCCUUUUUCAGGAGAAGGAAAAAAUCGAAUGCUGAACCACCAGUGCCGCCGGUUCCCGCUCCGAGCAUUGAGCCUCCCAUGCCCUCUGCGGUGCCGCCCCCGUUCCUGAUUCCUCCCAGCAAGGAGAAGCUUGCCGUCAAGCCAGAACCGAGCCCUGUCAGCAGUCUGCGUAGGGUUAUGAACCCAUAUCUCAAGGGUAGCCCGGUGACACCCAAUGCACCUCACCCAUUCCAAACUAUCGCCCAGAAUGCGGAAGCAUCGCCCGAGCCCGAGGUCGUAAGGCCCUCCACCCCAGAGCGCGAACCGCAAGGAUACAAGCGCUCCUUCUCCCCCGAUUACGAACCGAGCCCGAACGCGCGCAUUCGAGAGGUCAAGUCAGACCUGGAGAAAGAGCCGGAGCCUUCAGCAAACGCUGACGAGGCAAUUUCGGACAAUGAGCGACGCAACGACACCCCGACGCGACCCCCGCCCGAAGUACCACAACCCAUCGGCAAGAGAGACGACUCGUUCUUGAAUCUGGAUGGAUCUGAUGAUAACGAGGUGGAGGUUGCAACAAAAUACAAGACAGCGUCGACGGAGAGGAUGAGGAAGUCGAGCAAAGAAUUGUUAUCUGCACCGGCUCUGGAGCCACCCGUCGAUAAAGAGAAUGCGCACCGCGCGAGAAUGCCGAAGGCUAAUGAAACCGAGGUGGUUGAUUCAGAGGACGAAAAUCGGUCCACACUUGUCCUGCCGCUGGAGGGUGCCCGAUCGGCUAGCAUUCGAUCAGGGUCCACCGGCACAGAGUACAAGUCGGCACUCCAGACACCCAGCGUGACAGUGGAAGAUAGCUCAAAGAUGCUCGAAUCCAUGAAUGGCAAGCCCCUCGACGAGCCCGAAUUCGUUGUUGGCGAUCCGACCGACGAUGAUAGGCAAAAAGCACAGAAGAUUUAUGACGGAAACGAAGAUUUCAUCCAGAAGGAAAAGGCGGCGGCUUGGAUGGGAGAAGAAGGCCUUGUUCGACAGCGCACCCUCCAGGCUUACAUGGAACUGUACGAUUUUGCCAAUAAGAGCGUCGUGCAGGCUCUGCGACAGGUCUGUGAAAGGCUCGUCUUCCGAGCAGAGACGCAGCAGGUUGAUCGCAUUCUGGUUGCCUUUUCGAAGAGGUGGUGCGAUUGUAACCCCAAUCAUGGAUUCAAGGCUUCUGGUCAGCCUUCCCCUACCUGCCUUCUGCCGAACAACAAGCUAACAUUGGCAGACGUUAUCCAUACCAUCUGCUAUUCGAUCAUGCUUCUGAACACAGAUUUGCAUCUGGCAGACAUCGAAUCUAAGAUGACCCGCAGCCAGUUUGUCAAGAACACCAUCACAACGAUCAUUCAGGCUGUUGGUGAAGCGGCGCCCAACGCAUUCAAGCGACCCAGUAUUCUCCCCGAGAAGGACAGUUUACACGCUACCAACGAAGACGUCAGACCUUCUGCUGACGAGCGCUCGAACCGGUUCUCCUUCAAGCCUGCGCCACGACGCGAGCCCAGCGCAGAUGGUGCUGAGGGUGUCGAAAAAGAUGAGUGUGGUCCUCUAGUAAAGGCACCUUUCGGCGGCACCAUGCGGGCUUGGGAGGCACAGGUCGAGAUUGUGUUGAAGCUCAUCUACGCGUCGAUCAGGGACGAGCGACUCCCGUUGUUCGGCGCCGAACCGUCACGAAACCUCGGCCCGACCUCCCACAGCAACCUGUCAGUGAUGGGCAUGCUCAAGCGUUCGCCGAGUGUGCUCAGUAAAGCCCCGUCGGAAAGUCACUCGUCCAUCCGAGGUCGUCUUGCCGAGAAUUCUCGCAACAACACGGCCCGCUUUGGCUCUAAGAGUAGGUCCAGGCCUCGCCUUGGUCACAAUGGGUUUUCGUCCUCGAGGACCAGUUUCGAUGACGGCAAUUCCAUCUGGAGUCCGACGCCGUCGUCUGCAACAUGGAGCCGGUAUUCUCUGGGUCGCACACAAGGCAGCAUGUCCAUGGACUCUUUCGGCACACCGUUUCCUCGCGGCGACUACCAGCAGUCGAUUGGAUUCGCGAACGCACUCAGCCAAGCCAUUAUCCGCGAUGAUGCCUCAGGGUUUGGCCCUGCUGCGUCCAUUAUGAGCGACGAAGCCAAUGUGCCCCUCCUCGAAGAUGAAUCUCUUGAGCUGGCUGGUCCCCCUUGGGUCAAGGAGGGCAUGGUCACUCACAAGCACCACCUGGACGGAGUCGCUAAGAAGGCCAAGGACAGGAACUGGACCGAAGUGUUUGCUGUUGUGCAGAAGGGACAGAUGAGUCUGUUUUCCUUCACGGCGAACAAGUCAAUGGGGCGCAAGAGCAAAAUGACGCGUAAUGCCGCAAAGAGCAGCACUGUCGCAGUCGGCGGUGGUAACUGGCAGGACAACGCGACCAAUCUCGGAACUUUCAGCCUUCGACAGACGCUUGCCUCGGCACUCCCUUCACCUGGGUACUCUAGGACGCGACCGCAUGUGUGGGCACUGAGCCUUCCAACCGGUGCUGUGCACUUGUUCCAGGUAGGCACGCCGGAGAUCAGCAAGGAAUUUGUCACGACAGCAAACUACUGGAGCGCGCGCCUCAGCACGCACCCGCUCAUUGGUGGUAUCAGCAACAUUGAAUACGGCUGGAGCGACGCCAUUAUCAACAACGCUCUCGUCACGGCGAUUCACGAGUCUACUGGCGGGGCACCUCCCUCUGGUCGGACGUCUCGUCCGGGAAGCAGCGCAACCGCCAACCCGUCUAAUCCGCCGGCAGCUCGAACAAGCAUGCAGUCGUCGCGUAGCUUCCGGUCCGCCUCCUUCGAUUACCCCUCAGGCCCCUACGGUAGCGGUAGCCGCGGCGUCAAGCUUCCGGGCGACCGCAUCCACAUCUCCGAGUGGGCGCCACCAACGCAGAGCAUGCGCCCCUCCACACAGCCCGAGGCAGAACAACUCCUCACACUGCUGGCCUAUGUCAAGGGCGUUGAGGAUGAGCUUCAGGUGCACAACAGCCUCCGCAGCCCGAUGCUGCUCGCAUUCACCCCGCGUGGCCACAAUGCUGGGCGGGCCAUGGCUAACUGGGAGCGCAAGAGCUCCUACCUGCUCCGCGAGAUUGUCAAGUUCCGUACCUACGUCGACUGUCUCCAGCAGGCCGACACGCGGCGCGAGGAGAUCUACAACGAGAGAGACACCGCACGACGAGCAGCGCUCGGCGACUUGAGCGACGAGGAAGACGAGGUUGCCGCAGACGGCGAUGCGACGCUAAAAGCGUGA